AUGAGAGCUUAUUCCCCCAUACUAUCGAGAGGUGGUGGUGUGAACGCAACACGACUGAAAUAUGGCGCCCUACUGGCACUCGCAGCCCAAAACACCAUUUCGGUCAUGGUUCUCCGGUGGGCACGGAAGUCAGCAACCGAGCGGAAUGCCGUCGCAUCGACGGCCGUGUUCCUUUCCGAGGUGAUAAAAGCACUGGUGUGCGCUGCGAUCUACAUCUGGCAGGACGGGCGGACGGGGGCACCUGUGGCGAGUUCGGGGAGGAAGUUAUACCUGGAUGCGUUCGGGCAAAAGUCGAGUUGGGCGAAGAUGGCUAUUCCCGCGGGCCUGUAUACGAUCCAGAACUGGCUGCACUAUUUCGCAUUGGCGCGGUUGGAUGCCACUACACAUCAAGUCACCCUUCAGCUCCGCAUCCUCACCACCGCCGUGUUCUCCGUCAUCAUGCUCCGAAAACGUCUCUCCCUGGCGCAAUGGGUUUCCCUGGGAGUGCUGACCGCCGGUCUAGCCAUGACCCAACUACCACACCUCGGAUCCUCCACGUCCGCGACACUAGCGGCCGCAGGCACUACAGCGGGGACAACAGCCGCCAACGCCGCAAAAGCCUUCGAACGCCUAAUCGGCCUUGCGGCCGUCGGCAUGAUCUGCGUCUCGUCCGGGUUCUCGGGCGUAUACCUGGAACGAAUGCUGAAGGACACACCCACCUCACUGCUUGUCAGAAACGUGCAGCUGUCGUGUUUCGGAUCGCUGUUCUGCGGCGUGUUUGGGAUCCUGCUGAAUGAUCGCGCGACUAUUGUUGAGAAUGGAUUCUUUGCGGGGUAUGGGUGGGCUACGACCUGUGCGGUUUUGCUGAGCGCUGUGGGAGGGUUGCUCGUUGCUACCGUUAUCAAAUACGCCGACAACAUCGUCAAAAACUCCGCCAUAGCCCUCUCCAUCAUCGCCAGCGGGGCCCUCUCCUCCAUCAUCGGCGAUUUCCAACUCACCCCACCCUUCCUCCUCGGCGGGCUCCUCGUCGUCGCGUCCGUGUGGACGUACUCCUCCACACCGAUUGAGAAGGUACAUGUGGGCGGAUCCCAGGUGGAUAUGGAUGCGGGCGGAGAGGAGGAGGAGAUGGAAAAGGGGGUGAGGGAGCCGUUUGUAGGGGGGCAGGUGGGGGGCACGUUGGAGCGCAUUGUCACGAAAUCCGGACAGGACUGA